AUGAAACAGCUGCCCAACGAAUUGAUCCACCAGAUGAUUGGCCUCCUCGACGAUAUCGGGGACUUUCCUACCCUCUAUGAUUGUUCCCUCGUUUGUCGCGUAUGGAACGACAUAUGUCGUCCGAAGGUCUUCCGCAGAGUAGUGGUACGGACCGAUAACUUCCACACUCGGUUCGGCUUCCUCCAUUUCACCGCCUCCCACCUCAGCAAGUAUAUCGUCGACCUGACCAUCCAGUGGGACGAGUGCAUCCUCACUACCCCUGGAUGGAUGCCAGACUGCCUCCUCCGACUCAAGAGCUUGCAAAUCUUACGCCUUGGUAACUGUCGUUCUGCGCCUCCACCAAUCGUCCCUGCGCCUUUUGCGCUGGCUAUCCUAUCUCUGAUUGCUAGCGUUCCACUCAAAGCACUUUACCUGGAAAGCUGGAGCUUUCUGAAGGAUGCCUCUGACUUGCUGUAUAGCCUUUCCUGCUGUUCAUCGACCCUUGAAGAUCUGUUCAUACAAAAGACAUCCUAUGACCAUGGCACGAUAGUAGAUACGGGAACGACGAGAGUACCCCCGGUUCAAAUACAUUUGGAAUCGCUUCGAAGGUUGCAGCUGUUCGAAUGGAUCGGAAACGCUCCGGUUCCCCCAACCAAUCUCAUCGAGUGUCCGAACCUCGAACGUUUGGAAAUUACCCGUACGCACGCAGGACCUUGGGAUAUACCGUCGUGGAUUCCGGCUGGAUUGUCCGAACUCAUUCUGCAUGUGGAGCCCGAGACUUGGAUGCCCGGCUUGGGGACUUCUAUCCGUCCCUCUCGACUUACCAUUGACGUAACUAACCAGGGAUAUUCGAUCGCCUCAUACCUCGAGGUUAUGGAAUGGGUAGAGGGCUGUAUCGACCAUCACAUCCCAUUUCCUGAUCUUUUGCGGCAUCUCACCGUCAAAAUCAACACCUAUCCUCGCUCGUUAGGGACGCACCAUUCCCCCGAGCUUGAGGAUUACAUAGCCAUGUCUGGGGCCCUUCAGCAAAUCCACGAGCGGCGAAGACUGGAGCGCAUCACCGUGAACAUCAUAUACACGACAGACGAUGAGGGCACCGGGGUAGAUGGAGAACUCGAGAUCACGAAGUUGGAUGUGGCUUUUUCCCAGCUGGUGGAUACAGGUUUAUUCUAUGUUACAUUCGAGUGGACUGACGGACGCCAACGGACGCUCAUGCACCAUGUCUUUCAAAGCCAAGGGGCCGACUCUGCACCUUAA